UCCUCCCUCUCUCCCCCCUUCCCAAAGACGUCACCCACUACCCCUAAACUCCCUAAAUCCCACCUGGCCUCAUCUGCCCCAUACCUCAUUCGACGGGUGCCACUGGCCCUCCCCUUACCCCAUGGUGGCCCCAAGGCCCGCCCUCUCACUGCUGUUGGCUGUCCUGGCCUGCACGGGGCCUGUGCGCCCCUCGCCCCCCCUACUGCUGCGGCCCCAGGAGAGAGAGAGGGACUCGGGUGGGGUCAACAUCGCUGUGGUCCACUCGGGCUCCUCCCUGCUUCCGGAGACGCCAGUGGUGGGAGGCACGGGGAUAGGCGAGCCGGGGACGGGGUCAGGGCAGGGGCAGGGGCCCGGUCCGGGAAGCGGCCAGGGGGGAGGAGGAGGAGGAGGAGGAGGAGGAGGUGGAGUAGGUGGCGGAGGUGGAGGAGGCGGAGGAGGAGGAAGGGGAGUAACGGAUACAGCUUCGUUGGAAGGAGCAGCUGCGAUGGCCUUUUUUUCCUCCUCGUUUUCAACAUCCCUGUCGAUGGCGGCGCUUGUGGGGGAGACGGUGAUGACGCCGUCGGGGCAGGCCAACGUCAUCUACCUGGCUGUGAAUGAGAUCAGCCCGGGCAGCCUGCUGCUGCAGCUGUGUGAGCUGCUGGCUACCACACCAUUGCAGGGUUUGGUGUUCGAGGAGGAGCGACCGCCGCCGCCAAACCGUGCCCCCCUGGCGCCCAUGCUGGAGUUUGUCUCCGCCCAGACGGGGGUUCCCGUGGUUGCCGUAGGGGGAGGGGCUAGCCUGGGACGAGAGCCACAGGAAAGUGGCUCAAUCUACCUCCAGUUCACCUGCUCCACCUCCCUCCAGCUCGAAGUCAUCUUCGAGGUGCUUGAGGAGUACGACUGGACCUCCUUCUCUGUGGUGACCACGCGUCACCACGGCUACGAGGACUUCCUGGCCAUGGUGGAAGGUAUGACGGACGGCUCGUUCAUCGGCUGGGAAAAGAAGAGCGUGGUGAUUCUUAACGUGACCGAUGACCCUGGCGGAGCCCGGACGAAACGGCUGCUCAAAGACAACGAAGCCCAGGUCCGUCUGCUGUACUGCUCCCUGGAGGAGGCGGAGCUGGUUUUCCGGGCAGCCUUGGCGGCGGGUCAGGCCGGGUCCAGUCACAUGUGGUUUGCCGUGGGACCGGCGCUGUCUGGUUUGGGCCUGGAGGGGCUGCCCAAGGCCUUGUUCGCCAUCCGGCCGCAGGGCUGGAGGGACGAGCCACGAAGGCGCAUUGCCAAAGGCGUCUCGGUGCUCACCCACGGGGCGAUGGCUCUGCGGAGGGACCUGGGGACCAACAGCCGCUCGCAGUACGCCGGCAACUGCCAGAGUGACGCCAACCAGACCCACCGAGUGCCAGACAGAAUCAGGUACUUCAGCAACAUAUCCCUCGGUGGGCGGGACUAUUCCUUUAACAGUGACGGCUACCUGUCCAAACCGCUGCUUGACGUCAUCUCCUACACCAAUGGGAGAGGCUGGGAGGAGGUUGGCUGGUGGGAGAACGGCCACCUGCGACUGCGUUACCAUCCCUGGUCUCGUUACGGCCCCUUCCUCAAGCCUCUGGAGGACUCCCAGCACCUCCGAGUGGUUACCUUGGAGGAGAGGCCCUUUGUCAUCGUGGAGCCGGCUGACCCGGGCACCAGCUCCUGCAUCCGGGACUCUGUACCCUGUCGCAUGCCUGUCAAUACCAGCCUGGUGGUGGAUGGCACCGGGCCCACGAAGCACUGCUGCAAGGGGUUCUGCAUCGACGUCCUCAAGCGACUGGCGAAGAUUGUGGGUUUCACCUACGACCUCUACCUGGUGACCAAUGGGAGGCACGGAAAGAACAUCGAUGGGGAGUGGAACGGCAUGGUCGGAGAGGUGGUAUCCAACAGGGCGGACAUGGCCAUCGGUUCUCUCACCAUUAAUGAGGAGAGGUCAGAGGUCGUGGAGUUCUCCGUUCCCUUUGUGGAGACCGGCAUCAGCGUCAUGGUUUCUCGCAGCAACGGCACCGUGUCGCCCUCUGCUUUCCUUGAGCCCUACAGCCCGGCGGUGUGGGUGAUGAUGUUUGUGAUGUGCCUGUCGGUGGUGGCUGUCACCGUCUUCAUCUUUGAGUUCUUCAGCCCCGUGGGAUACAACCGCAGCCUGCAGAGCGCCAAGAAGUCAGGUGGAUCUAAGUUCACCAUAGGGAAAUCGGUCUGGCUGUUGUGGGCGCUGGUCUUCAACAACUCUGUUCCUGUGGAGAAUCCCAGAGGAACCACCAGCAAGAUCAUGGUGUUGGUGUGGGCCUUCUUCGCUGUCAUCUUCCUGGCCUCCUACACUGCCAACCUGGCUGCCUUCAUGAUCCAGGAGGAGUACAUUGACACGGUGUCAGGGCUGUCAGAUAAGAAGUUCCAGCAGCCGGCGGACCAGUACCCGCCGCUGCGUUUCGGUACGGUACCGAACGGCAGCACAGAGGAGAACAUCCGCUCCAACUAUCCCAACAUGCACCAGUACAUGAUCCGCAACAACCAGAAGGGUGUGGAGGAGGCCAUUGAGAACCUCAAGACCGGAAAACUGGAUGCCUUCAUUUAUGACGCUGCGGUGCUGAACUAUAUGGCCAGAAAGGACGAGGGCUGCAAGGUGAUGACCAUCGGCUCUGGUAAGGUGUUCGCCACGACGGGCUAUGGCAUCGCCUUGCACAAGAACUCCCGCUGGAAACGGCCCCUGGACCUGGCUCUGCUGCAGCUGGUUGGAGACGAUGAGAUUGAUAUGUUGGAGCGUCUCUGGCUGUCGGGUAUCUGCCACAAUGAUAAGAUUGAGGUGAUGAGCAGUAAGCUGGACAUAGACAACAUGGCGGGGGUCUUCUACAUGCUGCUGGUGGCCAUGGGCCUCAGCCUCCUGGUAUUUGCCUGGGAGCAUCUGGUGUACUGGAAACUACGGCACUGUGUGAAGCGAUCUGGCGGGAUGGACUUCCUCCUGGCUCUCAGCAGGGGGAUGUACAGUUGCUGCCAGUUUGAGGAUGAGACGGCACCGGGUGGUAGUAAAAGCUCCAUGCCCCAAUACCACACCAUGACCACCAUGAGCGCCAUGCCUGCUGGAUCUCAACACCUUGUUACAGCCACAGUAAAUAACACGGCUGCCAUUGCCAUGGUGCAACAGCAGCAAAAGCACCACCACCAACAACAACAACAACAAGGGCCAACCUAUACCACCAUGUUACCUGGAUCGCCACCAACUAUAGGACACUCCGCAAUGGCUCUGGGACCCUCCAACAGCCCCUUACUGGAAGGUCCCAUGCCUUGCUCCACCUUCCUGCCUCGCCAUGACCGCAGACUUGCUGUUGUUGAUCGCUGGAACAGGUCAAAGCCAGAGAAAGUCAUGAGCGGAGGCAGUGGUGGAGGAGUGGGUGUUGGGGGGAUAGCAGGAGGGAUAACUGAACUUCAGAUCCCACAAUAUCAGUCGAACCUUGGACAACACUGGAGCCUGCAAGUGGCAGGUGGAGCAGGGGGAGGGGGUGACACAAGUCUAGAUGAAUAUAAGCGCUACUAUGGGCCUAUAGAUCCAGAGGGGCUAGGAGUUACCUCUGACCAACAGACAGGGGGUCCCCAGCAGACUCCCAAAGCUAAUCCGCGAGGCCCCAAAGCCUCAGGGAUGCCACGACCACCUUCUAAAGGCCUCCAACAAGGCCCCCAACAAGGCCCAGCGCAUUUAAUCUCCAAGCCACCUCCACUGAUGCCAUGUUCACCACGAAGGCCUCCUUUCUGGCGACGGGGAAGCCUAACUCAGGCAAGGAAAAAAAGCUUAGGAGGGCCCCUGUAUGAGAAUAUACUCCCUCUGGGGAGACGAGGAGGUGGGAGGUAUGGAGCAAGCGAUGGAGGUGGAAGAAGAGGGCGACGUCCUCCACCUCCUCCUCUGCCCGUUCCCCUGUCCACCCCAACACAUACGCCUACCACACCAUCCUCCCCAUGCCGUUUCUACUCCUCCUGCUCCAGUGCCUCAUCCUCUUCCUCUUCCUCUACAUCAACCUCAUCCUCUUCUUCGUCCUCUGUCUCACUGUCUCGGUCAAAUUCCCCGUUUUCUUGCUCCAGUGACAGCUCCUACAACUCUUCGUUGAGUUUCCGGUAUCGAGCAGGGGACCGAGAAUUCAAGGUCGAUGACGACUAUGACUCAGAUCUGCUUACAGAGGAGUCUAGCCUCCUGUUAGGGUCACGGAAGAAGAUUCGUUCACGUCGCAUGUCAUCGCGCUCGCUGCCGUGUAGCCCGCCACCUCCACCAAUCCCGCCUAGGAAGCCCCGCCCUCAAAAAGAUUAUGGCAGAGAGAGAACAGGCAGCCAGCUGGCCCAGUUACAGGAGUGGUGGGCAUCAUGGGGAGAGAGAGAGAGAGCGAGGGGUGGAACAACGAGCCGGGGAGAUGGAACAGUUAGUAGAUUGGACAAGAGACACCACAAAGAGAGGGAACGGGAGAGGAAAAGGAGGAAGAAGGGGCGAAAGAAGAAGAAGAGGGAGGAGAGGGAGAGAGAAAGGGAGCGAAAGCGGCGCAAAGCAAAGAAGAGGAAGAAAGACGAUAAGGUGAAGAAGAGAGAGCGGAAGAGGUCAGUGCAGGAGGGAGGAGAUGCUGAAAAAAGGGAAGAACUCAAAUCAGGGACCGCAGAUUACCCUUCAUACCCACCCCUGAGGCGAGAGUCUUUUCGGAAAAAGAGUGAAAGCUCGAUCCGAAGCUAUGGAUGGAACAUCUCAGGUGAAGAGGAGAGGAAGGAAAGAGAAGAGAAAGAGAGGGAUGAUGGGGAAGAGAGCCGAGGGAAAGAAAGAGAAACCAGACGAAGGAACAGCAAGCACUAUCAUAGUUCGAGCGCUAAGCCUUCGACGUCUGUCAAGUUCUGGGGAGGGGUCAACCCGUCCUCAGUCACCAUUCCAUCUGCCUUUCUGCCCUUGUUGCCUGUCUCCUCUAAAAGGAGGAAGAGUAAAAGUUCAGACAGGGAUGCUGUAGGAAUGGAAGGCGAGAGGAGGCCUUUGUUAGGACGCGAUGGAAGAGGUGAGAUUCACUCCAAGGAGGGGUUGUCUUUCCACAAGUGGGGGUCUGAAGUAGAGUGUGAGGGAGAAGAUUCUGAGCUGGAGAGGAGAAAAGCAGGUCGUGGAAAGAGGCGUGGAGGAGGAAGGACAAUGUCCGAUGACGAGCGGGAACGUGAUAAGGUAGUUGGGAUAUAUUCUGAUGAUGACGGUUCUUCGGGAGAGUUUGGAAAGUUCGAGAGGUAUUGGGAGGAUCGUGAAGGCAGGGCAGUCGGAGGGAUUGGCGGGGGUGGUUGGUUUUUCAGCACCUACCCCUCCAGGGAGAAAGCCGGCAGCAUCAACAGUAGAGAUGAUUUGUUCCUGGAACGAGGAGAGAGGUGGGGGACAGCCGAAAGUGGAUGGGGGUCAGGUGGAGGUCGUGGGGGAGAGAGAGGGUGGGGAUCAGGAUCGCAGUGGCCCCCGCCUCCUCUCACACCACCACCUCCUCGACGAUACUGGUCCGUGGACAAACUCCACAUGCAGGAUGAGAAGAAGAGCAAACGCAAGUCAAAGGAAAAGGGCAGAGGGUACGCUGCUUGUUCCUCUUGUCAUUCCCCCCGGCACCAUCCGCACUCCCAUUCUUCCAAAUGGGCCCGCGUAACCUCGCGAAGCCAGGAAGAGCUGUACCAGCAAAGCCAGAGUUUUGGUGGGCCCCUGAAGCCCAAACAGGAAUCCUCGUCGUCCUCGAAACCUGAUCGCUCACAGAAUCCGUCCAAAUCUGGCAGCCAGUCAAACCUCAGUAUCCAGCAGCGGACCCAGAGAACAGAGAGGGAUCGAGAUCGAGGACGACAAUCGUCCCCACCUCCGACCCUCAUACCAAACUUGCCACCCCCGCUUCCUGCCCUUCCAGCUCCUCCGUCCUCAUCUCACCCUAUCCAUGUUCCUCCCCCUACCUCUUCCUCUUCUGUAUCCUCUCCUUCUGUGGUCUCCUCCACCCCAGGGGCACCCCAGCCUUCCUCCAUGGCUUCGGCAAGUGCCAAACUUCAGUACCAGAGGUUGCGCUCUGUACCCCAGCCCCAGAGGUUCCCUCAGUCUCCUCAUUUACCCCUAAAAGCCAAGAGCCUUUGCUCACGAAGGGGCUCAGCCCAUUUUUCUAGUGUGGAGAGCGAAGUCUGAAGUUCAACAAGGUAUCAAAAGUCAUAAGGGAGCCCUGCAAGGCUGAGGCUGAGCAGGGGAUCGGAAUCUGCCCUCCAGCAAACAUGGGUGUGCAGCCAGGUCAGUACAGUGUACGCACUGAGCCCUUUCCUAAAAUUGUGCACAAAGAAAGAAAGAAGGAAACAAACCACAGGAAAACGUCAGCAAUCUUGUGCUAACUGUUUUUUUCCUUUCGUCCCUCUCAGUAUGUGAAAGACUACAACCAGAGCACCAUCUUGCAUUCUGAACUGGGUUAACAACAAAUACACUAAAAGCAAAUCAGACAUUAAAAGUUGUACAACUGAAGGAGACGCCUUUGCUAUAGACAGUAAGAGAUGUUGAAGUAGAGCAGUACUUUGUAUUCAGAUGAUUCUUAAUGCUUACUGAGGGCUCAGGAACUUUGUAGUAGCGUAUACCUGCUGCUCUCAGAAGCCUUUAACACAGAACAGUGUUCUUAUAUUUGUCCCUUAAACAAAUCGCUUACCCCUAUUUUCCUUUUUCCUUAACAAACUGUUUACACCCCCGCAGAACUGUGACACCCUUCCAAGGCACUUUUGUUUUGUAUGAUCAUCACCCUCUUGUUUCGAGGGAGAGGAGUGCGACUACCACCUUGUCUUCUCUGUUACCCAUGCACCAUCUCCUGGUCUCUUUUAUUCUGCCUUAUCAUUUCCCCCUUUUUUUCUCUCUUCCUAGCCCUUUUACCCCUUUCUCUGCUUUACCUCCUUUCCCACCUUGUUAACUUUAUUUGUCUCCUCAUCUCUUGUCAUACCCUCUCCCCUCUCGGCUCCUCUCCUUGAUGUGAUUAUUCUGUGUGUCUGUGCUUUUCUGUGUUUGUAUUCUUGACAACAGGGUAAGUCAACUGUGACUGAUAUUCUACUGGCUUAAUGAAAAGCUGAGUGCCAAACUUAAGUAGAACUCAACAUCAAUCUGUACAACGUUAGCUGCUAUGUUUCCUUUGAUCUUGCAGAGUAUUCCAUCACCCAAAUAUGUGCACAUGCAAAUACCCACUCACAAACACUUGCACACAUGCACAUGCAAGGAUGUGCGCCUAAACAAGUCAAUCGAGCUGUUCUCUAUGUUGAGCAAUACAUUAUUCACCCUCUGUUCAUGUUACAAUUUUAUACUUUGAAACUUUUACUUUACUUCUGUGUUGUAGUUGUUGUUGUUGUUAUUGUGUUCUAUAUAUCCAGUCAUGUAUUAAGUCUAAUACAAUGUAAGCCCUGUGCCAUACUACUCAAGCUGCACAUGAAACGUUCUCUCAACUACCUAACUACGACAAUGGUGGAUAAACAGGCAGGUGUCUUUUUCCUCCCUGUAUUUGACUGAAUGUAAUGUCAGCUGCCAUAAGGUGUGCUACAACAACAAUUAAGACACUGGGAGGUAUGAAAAGAGUUGACUUCAAUUCAUUGUUGACGUAGCCUGACAUAAGCAACGGUAUGCAAAACUUGCUGAUGUAAGUAAUAAGCUUGAAUAUUUUCAUUAAAAUAAAUCUCGCCGAAAGGAAACACAAGCCCUAGCAUUUGUAUUACAAACUGGGUGUCUGUGGUGACUUUCCCAGGAGAAAUCCCUAGACACACACUGUGAGUGACACGUUUUCUGUCACCCAGCAGUGGGUCCGCCAGAGACGGUAGGCAGAGCUAACGCAACAAAUCGCUCUUCAACUCAAACUGACUGACGUCAC